AUGUCCGCGUACGCGGCGUUGGCGCCCCUGAUCGCGACGACGAGGCGCGCGGAGAGCGCGACGAGGGACGGUGACGACGACGACGACGACGGCCGACGGCGCGCGGCGAGGGACGCGCGCGCGAACGCGUACGCGCCGACGCGCGAAAACGCGGGAAAUUUCGCGUUCGCGCCGCCGCCGAGCGCGCCGGUGCCGGUGAAGUUCCCGCGAAAGCCGCUCGAGGGCGCGUUCGCGGUGCUGCUGCUGCGGUCGGCGUACGAGGCGAUCGACGACGUGGACAUGCUCCCGAUGGACGAGUUCCAGGCGACGUCGUGGAAGUUUCGAGCGUCGGAGUGGGAGCCGUACAAGUAUUUGUACGAACCGCUGCGGAUCGAGCAAGGGAAAAUCACGGAUCCGCUGUAUUUCGACUUUGUGACGUUCGUGCAGAUGGCGUGCGCGUCGCGAGCGAUUCCAAAGGCGGCGAAGGUUUUUGAGGAACGUACGGGAGCGGAGGGUCUCGUGACGGUCGUGCGGAGGGAUCCCGCGUUGAUGGAUAACGCGAACUUGCCCGAGGCGAUCGCGGAGAGGUGUGGGAAAAAGAUUUAUGAACGCUUGCGGAGAGGGUUCGAUCGCGGGGAGGAUUUCGACGUGGCGUACUUCAAGGGCACGCCGGCACCGGUAUCGGCGAGGGGAGGGAAGGAGCGGCUCGAUCUCGCGGUGGAGGGUAUGCGAGAUAUCGCGGAGGUGUUCGUGAGGAGCGGGUACGCGUUGAGGAUCAGCGUGGAUUACGAUUUGAGGGGUGCCGCGCAGUCGGAUGCCGAGAUGGCGUCCUCGGCUGAGCGCGAGCGACGCGUUCGCGUUCGCGUCAACGGACCGGCCACGCUGUGGGGCGCUCGCGAGCUUGUCUCGCGAGGACUCGGAUCGCCCUCGACGGAAUAUUUAGGAUUUUGUUUGACGGCGUUCUUAGACGAAAGUGGCGUCAGGAGCUCGUACUCGGAGCGCCUGACCGAGACAGAGAUUGAUAUGGCGUGGACAUUGAAUGUGUAG